AUGCUUAUAAUGGGACUUGAAGAUGAAUACGCCGAAGCCUUGAAGUAUGUCGAAAAGAUCGAUUUCACCACAUCAGCCUGGGAAUCCAAGGGAUUUGAGACGAAUAUUCGUUAUUUGGGCGGUUUGCUGUCAGCAAAUGACCUUCGUGCAAACGAUGUGCUGGUGAAAAAAGCAGUCGAACUUAUUGAAAAUGCUUUACUGCCUCUCUUUGAUUCGCCGUCAAAAGCACCUUACACCUACAUGGACCUGAAUCGAAAGCGUGCAAAGCGAACCUCGUCCAUUAACCUAGCGGAAUUCGGAACAUACAAUCUAGAAUUUACGCGGUUGUCCCAGAUCACAGGCAAUGCGACCUAUGCUAAAUAUGCCAAUGAUUUGGUCGAUCGCGCCAUUUCGGAGCCGACCGUGUUGCCCGGUUUAUUUCCAACCAGCUGGACCACUGAUACCUUCAAGCCCAUCAAUUCCAGUUACAUUACUAUCGCUGGCGGAGGAGACAGCUUCUACGAGUAUUUAAUCAAGAACUAUAUUCUUCUGGGAGGCUCGGACCCGAAAUUGCUGUCAACAUGGAAACAAUCGGUUGAAAGUAUCGAAAAGUACCUACUGACGUCCACUGCAGAGAAUCCUCGCAUUAAAUUUGUGGGAAUGAUUGAUGGUCAGGGCCAGCCUGUUUACGUAUCUCAAGAAUUAAUAUGCUUUUGGCCAGGCAAUAUCUUGCUAGGAAUUAGCCAAAUGUCGGGCAACACAGAUCGUUAUCGGCAAUUUGCGGAUACAUUCAUGGCGUCUUGCCAUGAAACAUGGGCAUCCACUACUACUGGAAUCGCUCCAGAGAGCUGGCAAUGGAAUCCAUUGCCUAAUACAACUGAUACCAAGAAGACAAGGAAGAAUGCGAAAGCAUCCAAGAGAGCCUUCACCGCAAGCGAUGCGAUUUACGACUUGAGACCUGAAACCCUGGAGAGCCUAUUUUAUUAUUACCGGGUAACAGGCAGUAGAACCUAUCAGGAUACGGCUUGGGAAUAUUUCCAAGCUAUCAAUAAAUACACGCGUACCCCUUCAGGGUUUACACGUAUCACAGAUGUGGAUAGCGAGAAUCCACAGCAGGACAAUUUUCAAGAGAGCUUUUUCCUUGCAGAGACCCUGAAAUAUCUCUAUCUCAUUUUCGUUGACAAGGAUUGCAUAUCGUUAAACGACUAUGUUUUCAACACUGAAGCACAUCCCUUCAAGCUCAAUACACCGAUCAACGUCCAAUGA